AUGGCGUACCAGUGCAGACAGCCCUGCCUGCCUCCGCCCAUUGGUGUGCCGCAGUGCGCAACUGACAGUGCAGGCGCAUGCGCCCCGACCUGUGGAGAUCCAUGUGCAGAUCCGUGUUCGGCUGCGUCGUACCAGUCCAAGCAGCCCUGCCUCCCGCCACCUGUCUGCACGCCGCUGUGCCAGGCCGAAAGCGCACCAGCGCCAGCGUCAACUUGCAGUGCCUGUGAAGAGCUUUGCGCCGCUCCCAGUGUGGAGGUGUCUUCUGCUCCAUGCGAGCUGCCCACCAUCCCAGCCAAUGCAGAUCCGUGCGCUCCCCCUUGUGCGACCCUGUGCAGCAGCUGGGAAUGUUCAGGGGCCUCCGCAGCCCCAUGCGGAGAAGCCGUGGAGUCUUACGUGGUGCCGGGCUCCAUUGUGUCCUUGAAUCCGUCUGGCCAUGUAUCGGUGAAGCCAGGCCCUGAGGUCGAAGCUGGGAGCUGCGAGUCUGUUUUUCUGAAUACCUACAUCCCUCACUUUUCCUAA